AGGACAGCUAUAGGAGCAUUUUAACUGGCGGUGACUUCUGUCAAUCAUUAUUGUUACCGGAAAUACAACCAGGAGACUUUUCACUUCCGUUUUGGCGUUCUCUGUCAAUUUGGAAACUGCUAGAAACUAACCCGUCACGGCCGAGAGUCCAUGGUCCGAGCAGAAAGUACCCCUGAACGAGGCGACAGCUCGUCAACAUGGCUGACGGCCGGACUGAAACAUUGAAUUUCAACGUGGGAGUUCUGGGACAUGUCGACAGCGGCAAGACGUCGCUGGCUCGGGCGCUGAGCAGCACCGCCUCCACGGCGGCCUUCGACAAGAACCCUCAGUCCCGCGAGAGAGGCAUCACCCUGGACCUGGGCUUCUCCUCCUUCACCGUGGACCUUCCGGGUCACCUGCGGGCCAAGGAGGGUCAGCAGCCCUAUGACAGCCUGCAGUUCACCCUGGUAGACUGCCCGGGACAUGCCUCUCUCAUUCGGACUAUUAUUGGCGGGGCCCAGAUCAUCGACCUGAUGAUGCUGGUGGUGGACGUGGUGAAAGGAGUGCAGACUCAGACUGCCGAGUGUCUCCUGAUUGGACAGCUGACCUGUCCCCGCAUGGUGGUCGUGCUGAACAAAACCGACCUUCUGCCAGCCAGCAAGAGGCAGACUGCCAUUGAGAGGAUGACCAAGAGACUCCACAAAACGCUGGAGAACACCAGAUUUAAGGACUGUCCAGUGAUUGCAGUGGCAGCCAAGCCUGGAGGCCCCGAAGCUCCUGAUGCAGAGGAACCGCAGGGGGUGUCAGAGUUGAUUGAGCUAUUAAAAGAGCAAACAUAUCUCCCACAAAGAGACCCUGGAGGCGACCUGCUAAUGGCCGUGGACCACUGCUUCUCCAUCCGUGGCCAAGGAACGAUCAUGACCGGGACCAUCCUGCAGGGGUCGCUGGCCAUCAACGACACCGUGGAAAUCCCAGCUCUAAAAGUGAGCAAGAAGGUAAAGUCGAUACAGAUGUUUCGGAAGCCGGUCUCGGGGGCCAUGCAGGGAGACCGCGUGGGUGUGUGCGUGACCCAGUUUGACCCCAAGCUGCUGGAGCGGGGCGUCGUGUGCACCCCAGGCUCCCUGCGCACCCUCUACGCCGCCGUCAUCUCGGCCAGAAAGAUCGGCUACUUCAAGGGCUCGCUCUGCACGCGGGCCAAAUUCCACAUCACCGUGGGACACGAGACCGUCAUGGCAAGGGUGACCUUCUUCGGCCUCCCCGAGCGUUGUCCGGACACACCCGACCUACAGCCGUGCUCGCUAGAAACGGCCUUUUCCUUCGACAGGGAGUACCUCUACCAGGAGGACUACGUCGCGGGCCAGGGAGAGCCUAGUCCGGCACCCGACCCGGAGCAGUGGGCCUUGCUGGAGUUUGAGCGUCCGGUUACUUGCCCCUUACUCUGCCUGGUGAUUGGCUCCAAGCUGGACAGCGACAUCCAUGCGAACGCUUGCCGCUUGGCCUUCCAAGGACGUCUGCUGCACGCCUUUGAGGAUAAAUGCUACGCCGAGAGCAGCCUGCCUGGCCUGCUCAUCUACAAGACCAAACACAAGGAGGGACAAGUGGAGCGGGUGACCGACGACUACACUGUGAUCGGCCGAAACCUCUUCAAGAAGGAAACCAACCUGCAGAUCUUUGUGGGGUUGAAGGUCACGCUGUCAACCGGCGAAUCCGGCGUCAUUGAGGGUGGAUUUGGCCAAAGUGGGAAGUUCAAAAUCCGGGUGCAAGAGCUUCAGUCGUUGUGUCCGGACUGCAGGCGGGCCGGGAAAGUACCCGCUGUAACGGCUGGGAUUGCAAGGUGAUGCUGGUUCGUUCUCUCAAGGAUGCGGUCGGGCUUUGGACACAGCGUGAAGGUAAGAACAAAUGAUUUAUUUAAAAAUAAUUCAGACUAUGAAACAGAAAAACUUGCUCAAGGUACAAAAGACAAAGCAAAAGAGCUAGCAUGGGAGCUAGAAGAUAACAAGGCCUAGCUCUGUACUGGGGAACAAAAGUCGUUACUCGUUGUGUGAACACAAACUACGAAGUCAGACCGAAUGAACGAAGGAGGCAGGCUUAAAUCAAGACAGUAAUUACAAAACAAGUGUGCGUCCGGAACAAUCGGCAGGUGAAACUAAUACGUAACUAUGGUGACAAAACAAACAAGGAAGUGCAACCGGGAACUAAAGAAGUCAAACACUAACAGAACCUAAUACAAAAAGACUCAAGAACCUAAACAUGAUCCGGGCAGCGGAUCAUAACAUCCGUACUCUUUCAUUUUUUACGAAGCCACGCUGUUUUAACACAUGACUUGGCGUUGUCUUGCAGAAAUAAGCAAUUGUCUGACAUGUUGCGGCUGGAACACCGUGCUUGGUGUUCAUUUGUAAAAUGGGGACACUUUUGUUACUUCUCUCUGGCGAGGGCUCUGAUUGGCUGCUUCAUGCAGCGUUGACCUCCCCUGAUGGGCCUUUGUGUCCCCGAGUCUGCCGUUAUCUCAUCUUUGUGCAUGCUGAUCACCAGGUGUGUGGACACAGCGUGGUGGUCGCACGGGCGCCACACAAUGGAGGACAUCACUCCUCCCCGCUCUCAUCUUUUUAGCAGUCCACGUCUGUGGCUUUUAUUCUGCUAUU